CUCUCUGAUUGGAGGAUCCUGCAGGAGGUUCUGUCACUCUGUGCUCAGCCUGACAGGUUAGCAGCCUAACUGGAGAUCAGGUCCAGACGGGUCACCAGCUGCUGAUGAAGAUGAAGCUGCUCCUCUUCCUCUGCUGUGUCCUCAGAGUCUCUGCUGAUGCUCAGCAUUCGGACCUUGCUAUCAGUGGCUGUUCAGACUCUGAUGGAGAGGUCAUGUACGCACUGGACGGUGAAGAGAUGUGGUACGCAGACUUUGAUAAAAGAGUAGGAGUCGAACCACAACCCGACUUCAUUGAUCACAUGACUUAUAGAGAAGGAGCUUAUGAUGCAGCUGUGGCCAAUCAGCAGAUCUGCAAAUCAAACCUGGGAAACUCACGUAUAGGCAUGAAGGACAUUCCUCUGGAGCAAGACCCCCCCUCCACCUUCAUCAUCUACCCCCGAGAGGACGUGGACCUGGACCAGAAGAACACUCUGCUGUGCCACGUGUCUGGGUUCUACCCGGCCCCGGUCUCCGUCUCCUGGACCAAGAACGGACGGAACGUGAGCGAAGGGACGGCCAUCAACCGGCCGUUCCCCAACAAGGACGGAACCUUCAGACAGACGGCCCGGCUGGACUUCGUCCCCAAAGACGGAGACUUCUACAGCUGCUCUGUGCACCACCCGGCCCUGAAGACCCCCAUGACCCGGAUCUGGGAUGUGGAGCGGACCCAGCCAGGUGUUGGACCCUCAGUCUUCUGUGGACUUGGUCUCCUUGUGGGUCUGGUGGGCGUGGCCGUCGGAACCUUCUUCCUCAUUAAAGGAAACGAGUGCAGAUGAUUGGCUGCUGCUGCUGCUGAUGUCAUCACUGUCUCCAUGGCAACGACCUGAAGCUUUGAUCUAUCUGUCUAUUUGAUCUGAUCGUCUCUCUCUCUGAUCUGGUUCAAUAAAGACAUUUAGUCAAUC